UAUCGUUCACUAUCAUGGCUGCCUGGUAAACUGACCUGUAACGGUGCUACGAUCUUUGGAGAAAUAUAACAUUUAUUGUGUUAAUCCUGCAGUAAAAAGGGGGUUUUAAUUAAUAAUUAGGGUUUCUAUAGCUUGUGUAGUUCAUGAUGGCGGGGAGCAGCACUGCUCAGAAGACAUGGGAGCUUUCCAACAGCAUGAACGAGGUUCAGGGCAUUGACGAAAUCUACAAAUAUGACAAAAAACAACAACAGGAAAUCCUCGCUGCAAAGCCAUGGACUAAAGAUCACCACUACUUUAAGUACUGCAAGGUGUCGGCUCUGGCCCUUCUGAAGAUGGUGAUGCACGCGCGGUCGGGGGGGAACCUGGAGGUUAUGGGUCUGAUGCUGGGGAAGGUAGACGGAGAGACCAUGAUGAUUAUGGACAGCUUCGCGCUGCCGGUGGAGGGAACAGAAACACGCGUCAACGCUCAGGCUGCGGCGUACGAGUACAUGGCCGCGUACAUCGAGAACGCUAAACAGGUGGGCCGUCUGGAGAACGCUAUUGGCUGGUACCACAGUCACCCUGGAUACGGAUGCUGGCUCUCAGGAAUCGACGUCAGCACUCAGAUGCUCAACCAGCAGUUCCAGGAGCCCUUUGUGGCCGUCGUGAUUGACCCCACCCGCACCAUUUCUGCAGGGAAAGUCAACCUGGGCGCCUUCAGGACCUACCCCAAGGGGUACAAACCCCCGGAUGAGGGACCCUCAGAGUACCAGACCAUCCCCUUAAACAAGAUCGAAGACUUCGGGGUUCACUGUAAACAGUAUUACGCUCUGGAGGUCACCUACUUCAAGUCGUCUCUGGACAGGAAGCUUUUGGAGUUGCUCUGGAAUAAGUACUGGGUGAACACGCUCAGCUCCUCCAGCCUCCUGACGAACUCUGACUACACCACAGGUCAGGUGUUUGACCUCUCAGAGAAGUUGGAGCAGUCGGAGGCUCAGCUCGGGCGCGGCAGCUUCAUGUUGGGCCUGGACACGCACGACAGGAAGUCAGAGGACAAACUGGCCAAAGCAACACGCGACAGCUGCAAGACGACGAUCGAGGCGAUUCACGGCCUGAUGUCUCAGGUGAUUAAAGAUAAACUCUUCAACCAGGUCAACACGUCUGCUAACUAAGAACUGAUCCAGAGCCAGCAGCUGAUCCAGAUCAAUACGUCUGCUAACUGAUCCAGAACCAGCAGCUGAUCCAGAUCAAUACGUCUGCUAACUGAUCCAGAACCAGCAGCUGACCCCCUCUGAAGACCUGGUUCCUGUUCAGCACUCAUGUCUAAAUGCCCGGGUAGGAUUAUCUGUGGUUUCUGUUUUGAGAUUAGGAUUAUCUGUGGUUUCUGUUUUGAGAUUAGGAUUAUCUGUGGUUUCUGUUUUGAGAUUAGGAUUAUCUGUGGUUUCUGUUUUGAGAUUAGGAUUAGCUAAACUUUGAAAACAGUGAAAAUUCAUGCAAGAAAAAUAAAAAAAGUAAAACUGCUA